UCCAACUAACCACAUUUCACCACCACAAUAUAUAUACAUAUAUAUUCCACCUAUACAUACACACAGAUACUUUCAGCAGCCCCCCUCCACCCACCGUCAACAAUGGCCGCCGCAGCACUCAUCGGCGCCUGCAUCCUCGCCAUCUUCAUCGCAUACAAACUGUACCAGCGCUUCCGCUACAAGCUGCCCCCCGGCCCCCGCCCCCUGCCCUACUUCGGCAACCUCUACGAUCUGAAACCCCUCCUCGUCCGUUGCUUCACCGACUGGUCCCAAAUCUACGGCCCGAUCUUCUCCGUCUACUUCGGCUCCCACCUCGGCAUCGUGGUCAACUCGCCGGAGCUCGCGAAGGAAGUAUUGAAGGACAAGGACCAACUCCUGGCCAAUCGGAGCCGGACACAUCAGAUCAACAAGGUCAGCAAAAAUGGCAUGGAUUUGAUCUGGUCCGACUAUGGGCCCCACUAUGUGAAGGUGAGGAAAUUGUGUACUCUCGAGCUUUUCUCGGCGAAGAGAAUCGAGGCGCUCCGGCCAAUUAGAGAAGAUGAAGUUACUUACAUGGUGGAAUCCAUGUUCAACGACUGCGUUAAGCCUGAAAACAAGGGGAAAGCGUUGGUUCUACGCAAGCACUUGGAAAUGAUGGCGUUCCUUCACAUAACAAGGUUGAGUUUCGGAAAGAGGUUCAUGGACUCAAAAGGAGUGGUCGACGCGCAGGGAGAAGAGCUGAAGGACAUUCUAAACAGCUCGAUUAAACUAAGCAGCAAGAAAUCGAUCGCGGAGUUUAUUCCGUGGCUGCUGUAUUUGUUCAAGGCCGAAAGCGAGGCACUAGCCAAGAACAAUACUCGUUCGGAUGACUUCACGAAGAAAAUCAUGGAGGAGCACAAUCUCGCACGCCAGAAAACGGGCAACACGAAAAGCCAUUUCUUCGAUGCUUUGCUUACUUUGCAAAAGGAGUAUGACCUCGUCGAGGACACCGUUAUUGGCCUCCUUUGGGACAUGAUAUCAGCUGGGAUGGACACAACCACGAUAGUAGUCGAAUGGGGUAUGGCGGAGAUGGUGCGAAACCCUAGGGUGCAACAAAAAGUACAAGAGGAGCUCGAUCGUGUGGUCGGAAAAGACCGAAUCAUGACCGAAUCCGACAUCCCCAAUCUGCCGUACCUGCAGUGCAUGGUAAAGGAGUGCUUCCGGAUGCACCCCCCGACCCCACUAAUGCUCCCCCACAAGGCGGGCACGGACGUCAAAAUCGGGGGCUACGAUAUCCCGCAGGGCGCCACGGUGAGGGUUAACGUGUGGUCCCUCGCGAGGGACCCCAAGUUGUGGGAUGCGCCCCUCGAGUUCAGGCCCGAGCGGUUCCAGGAAGAGGAUAUAGAUAUUAAGGGGACGGAUUAUCGGUUCCUUCCAUUUGGUUCCGGAAGGAGAAUAUGCCCCGGAGCACAGCUGGCGAUUAAUUUGGUGACUUCGACUUUAGGGCAUAUGUUGCACCACUUCGAGCUGGCCCCACCGAAUGGAGUUAGGGUUGAAGAUAUCGACUUGAUGGAACAACCUGGUACGGUUACUUACUUGCGAACUCCGUUGGAAGCCGUGCUUACGCCGAGGUUGCCUGCUGACCUGUACAAGCGCGUGGCUGUGGGGAAUAUUUGAGAGGCUUAUGAUAUAUUUAUGCAUGUUUAUUUCUUGUUGUAUCAACAUUUUUCACGUUUUUUUUUUCUUUUUCUAUUUGGAUGUUUUCUUUUUUUUCUUUCUGGGUGACAAUCUUUUGUCCUAAAGUGUAUCAAAACUUUGAGAAAAAAAAUUAGUUUAAUAAAUUACCAAAGUGUGGCAAGAGAA